CAAAAAAUUGCCAACCAAAACAUACAUGGGUCGAUCGAUAAUAAUUAAAUACCUGCGAAACUUUAUUGUUUCGAUUCGAAAAUCUCAGAAAUGAAUCAAUAAACAUGCAAUAAACCUAAACUUUGUAAUCUUGAUAAAUUACAGUGUUAAGUAAUAUCCAACUAUUACCAUCAUAAUGGAAGAGAAGUCAAUUUUACACGAAUUGUAUGUGCUUUCAGAAUGGAAACCAGAGCCUGAAUAUAUUCAAAAACCAGAUAGUAUUUUACCUGAAAAUAUCUCGGCAUUGUGGCGUUGGUUAAAAUUUUUUGGGCCAAAGAAAAGUAUAAUUGAUAGCAUAUCUUCUCACAUAAAUCGCCAGCAGAAAUGGCACAUAGCUGUUGGGGAUGAAGGCAAAGUGAUUGCUGUGCUCACUGAUAAUAUUCUGGAGAUUCGGACAAAGAGAUCAGAGUAUGCUACAAUAGCUGCCAGAACCACAGUGAAUCGAGAUCCGUAUGCUCAGUGGCGUAAAAUUGUGUGGAGUCCUGACUGUGCAUUCUUAGCACUGGCCUAUGGGAAUGGUGUUGUCAGCUUCUUUGAUCUCACUGCUUUCAAUCUGUUCAAUAUUCCUAUUGACUGCUCUAGACCGGGUGGCUUAGAAUGUUCAGACAAUACCCAUGCUGUUGUGGACAUCAUAUUUUUACCACUGCAUGUUAGAGACACUAAAUGGAGCUGGGAGGUGGUGGUGGUGACGUACGACGGCAAGGUGCGGGGGUACGUGGUGUCGCAGACGGAGGGCUGCAAGCUGCGGCACACGUUCUGGUUCCCGAACGGCGCCGCAGCGCUGCGUCACUGCCGACACUACUCCGCGCUGCUGCUGGCCGGGCUGCCCGCCGCCGUCAAGGAUCCGAGUUCUCCCCUGAGCUACGGCAUCACAGCAUGGCGGCUGCUGAACGACGAGCCCUACUACAAGCUGUCCGUGGUCUCCGACCAGUUCUCGGCGCAGGCCAAGGAGCCCUUCCAGCUCUAUGUGCCGUUCGUGACCAGCAACAACUCAGCAUUCGUAGUCCAAAUGGUCCUAUCGCCGGACAACAGCAAGUUGGUCUGUUUGCACUGCAACGGGGAUAUAACAAUAUGGCGACUGCCCCUGCUGACGUUACUUCACCGGCACCCAAUCUCGGCACAGCCUCAACACGAUCUUCGCAGUCCUUUGCAGGCAGCGCCCCCUGGCGUGAAAUACCAAGAAGCUGAUUUCUAUGCGGCCGAUGUCAACUGGUGGUCGAAUAAUGAACUGAUAGUGUCCCGGUUCAGCGGAGCGGUGUCGAUCUGCAACAUCGAGGACAUGGUCAACAUUUUGGGCAAGAAACCUGAGUUCUUCCAGGGAGCACCCAAGGUUACGUGUGCCCAGGACGGUGCGUUUAUGGUGAUGGAAUGUGAAACUAAUAUAUUACCCGUGAGGAAGUCUAGGAGCGAUGAAAGUAUGGAAGUAGUGAAAGCGGAGUCGGAGCCAGAGGAAACAGUGUACACGGCCAUGAAGGAGCUGUUGAAGUGGAUGCUGUACAGCAUCACGGACAUGGAGACGCUGCAGCCGCGCGCGCGGCGCGUGCGCGUGCGCGCGCGCGCGCUGCGGCUGCUGGCGCUGCGCAGCUCCACGCCCGCUGACCUCUUCUGCAGGAAGAUCGAAAGUGGCAACUAUACAGAAGCGUUGGCGCUGGCCGAGGCCUACAACCUGGACAGCGAUCUGGUUUACCAGCAACAAUGGAGGAAGAACCCAGUCUCCUCCGAUGCUAUUGAGAAAUACUUGAGUAAGGUAUCACAGAAGAUCUGGGCGGUGCACCAGUGCGUGGACCGGCUGCCGGAGUCGCUGGCGGCCGCCAAGCAGCUGCUGCAGUUCGGCCUCGAGCUCACCAACGAGAGGAUUUUACAUGAAAUUAAUAAGGAUCGUGACGAGAACACACUGAAGGAUCCUGAUGACAUCACACUCGAGGACCUGAACGCGUACACCAGUGAGAUGCUGCGGUGCCGACACGUGAUGCUGUUCUACAGGGAGCGGCUGAGGCUCUACGAGGCUAUUCUGAGAUGUGAGAAAUCAACGUACGUAAAAGACGAGUACGACCGUUUACGCAGCAACAGUAUCGUCCACAGCUCUAUGGAAAUCGCCAAGGAAGGUCGUAUCGAAGCGCUAACUUGUCUAUGGCCAAACAUAAAGACAAUCCCCAUGCAAUUGGCAGUACUGGAGAAGCUACCAGAGACUAUAAACCCGUUGGAUUAUCAACAUUUGUUGCCAACUAAAGAACCGCUACAAUGGUUCGAGAAGAAAUCACCGAUUAAAAUAAAGCCAUCGGAACAUGAAAAUGAUUGGUGCAGGAAAGAAAUAUUUAGGUCGAUUUGGAAUUCGAACUGGUCCGAAGACACCACUCCGGAAACGGAAACGGCGUCAGAAAUGUCAGACGCAAGCGAAGACUUCGCCAUCUGGUACACGAAACGCGCAAAACAAAUAGAGGAGAGGAGCGGAUUAGCUUCGCACGCGUUAACUUUAGUUACGAUCGCUACUGUAGGGGGCGCUGUACCGGGUUUGGACAAUCUGAUGUUUUAUUUGUUGACUUUGGACACGCUCAUUUAUGAUAUCAAUGUGGAGGGUGUGACGCUGGCGGAUAUUGAGGCUAUGUCUCCGUUGGAUACUUGCAAAAUGCUGAUGAAGAUGUCAACGCCAGCGACAUUCGUAGCGGACCUGAAGCAGUUCGUGAUCCCGUUCCUGAAGCGUUAUGAGAACCUCACGCAGCGGGCGGAGUCCUGCAUCAACGGGCUCACGGACUACCUCGAGAGCAUCAGCGUCGACGACCUCUCUGCAAUAUUGUUGGUGCUCCAAUCGCCGAGCGAGUUCGAACUAGACGUCCGAACUCACCUCGAGCUGGUUGAGCGAUGUCUGUUCGCUUACACCGGCACUGAGCAGCUGUCGGCCGCUUGCGACCUUCUCGACACCAUCCUCAAACAGACCGACGGCAGCAUCUCUAACAGUGAGCUAGUGCGGCGCGUGUCGGAGCUGGAGCGGCUGGUGGCGGGCAGCGGCCGCCUGGCCGUCAGCGUGCGGCAGCUGCGCGACGUCGCGCGCGAACACCGCGGCGCCAGCUGCUUGCUCACCGGCCUCGCCAGGGCCAGGGCUAGGGGAGAUGAGAAACCAACGCCGCAGGACUGGGCCGACCUUCUGAAGGACAUCCUCGAGCUGCAGUCGUCCUUGUUUACGUGUGUCACCAAAGAAGAAUGCUACGAGAUAUACGCUUCGUCCCUGCUGACAUCAGGCGACGCUAACAGCAUCCGCCUUGCAGCAGACGUGCUAACAUGUUCCACUGACAACCGCGAAGCCAGGCGAAACGGACCUUUAGUGCCGUAUGCAAGAAGUGUGCAACUCGCUUCGGCCGCUUCAAAGGAGUAUUUCAACUCCGCUUCGUCGUUAUCUGACCCAGCGCUGGAGCUAGCCAAGUGUUGCCUGUUGCUAAUAAAGGACGGCAACGCGGAAAUAGAGGAGGAACUCGAUCUCAUUUCUGCACUUCAGCUGUUGAGCUCCUUCGACGUCACCCUGCUGCCUAUUCAGGUUCGCCUGUGCGAAGAUAGAAUGAGUCUGAUCGAAGAUUGUCUCAAGUUGGAUCCGAACGCGUACCUCGCCAGUCACAAGCUGUUGAAGUUGGCCAAACUAUUGAGGAUAGCUGGGGAUGAUGAGCAAACUCGCGAGGGCAGCGUGCUGGUGCUGGUGGCGCAGCACGCGCUGCAGUCGGGCGCGGCGGGGCUGGCGUGCGCCGCGCACUGCGCGCGUCGCCUCGCUGCGUUGCGCUACUCGCGCGCUGCGCAGCUGUUGCACGCUGUGGCCAUCAGGGGUGCGACAGACCGCGCAGGUACAAGAAAACUGUUAGCCGCCGCGGCUGCGCACGCGCCAGCCGCUGACCUCGACCAAAUUCUGCGCUCCAGAUUGGAGCUGGAACUGGAGGGUCUGCAGCAAAUGGGGGCGGCGCUGAAGGAGCAAGGUCGGCUGGCACAAAACCGGUGGGCCUCAACCGAUGACGAUUUUGCUGACGCUGUCACUACGCCAAUUAUCGAGAACAAAGACUUGAUCGUGCCAGAUCAUCAGGAGAAGAAACCGCUGUUCAACUAUUUGCUGGACACAUUCCAAACCAAGUUCUAUCAAAGUGAAAACAAAAGUUCGAGUACUGAGCAAACAGAGCGCUCAGUUCACGUGCAGGAAUUCUAUCGCUCGCUGUAUCCAACGCACGAUGUAUCGAGUUCGUACUACGGCUACGAUCGAUUCUCGAUCCCCGACAACGACUCGAGUCCCGGCCACGCGGCGCUCAAGUGGUACUACAUACAGAACUGUUUGGAAGAUGGUGGCGGCGCCGGGCAUGAAACCGAAGUGGUCCAAAAAUGCGCGGAAGAGAUACUGUACAAAGACAGUCCACUGAGCGUGUCGUGCAUGUUGCGGAGCGCACAGGACGCGUGCGCCGCGCGCCGCACGCUGACGUCACAGCACGCGCGCGCUGCCGUCGUCGGCGUCCUCUACGCGGCGCUCGUGCGCUGCAACGCUCCCGACCUGAGGGAUAAUGUGUACCUCACCAAGCCUGUCGAGAUGGCGCGCACGACAUUAAAACAGAAGAACGCAUCAGAAGAACAAAUGGAAGUGAUUCGCGAAUGUAUCUCCCGGCUGAGCGGUAUGGGCGAGGUGGAUCGUUUGCGACGGCUCGGAUACCAGAUCAAUGGGCUUCUGUUCAAUGCCGAUGACGACUACCGCACCGAGAUUAUAUACCGGGUAGCCAGCUCGACACAGCCCUCGCACGUGCGCGCGGCGCGCGCGCUGGGCGCCCGGCACGCGCUGGACGCGCUGACGCUGUGGCUGCGUCACGCGCGCGCCUGCGUCGCCGUCGGCGCGCUCUCUGUCUUGGCCGUGGACGCCUUGCCCCGGGACAGGCCCGAUACUUACACCAGAAUUAAAGACACUCUAUGGCCUCUGCUGCGCGGGAACGACCACUCAGCGCUGAUCAGUUUCUUCUCAAUACUGCGCAGCGUGGACGAGAAACCUCUUGUUUAUGGUCUGUCGGCCGCAGACCACAUCAAACUGCUGAAAAAGGCUAAAGCAGCUUCACCGGAAUUAGACUACAAGCUGCUCGUAGAGCAAUCCCCGUCACUAUCAGAGCACAUAGUCAGCAUAAUGCGUGUGGAGACAGUGGGGAUGAUCGGCAAGCUCCUCCGAUCGCUGCCCCCCGCCCUCCCCGCGCUGAAGGUCAACGAACUCUACGCCGAUUGGCUCGGCCGGCAUCUGCUGUCGGUUCCUGUGGGUGCUAGUAGCAAGAAAUGGAUGCAGCAGUACCGACAGUGCACCAGUUACUUCAACAAGCUGAACAAGGAAGAUUUGCUCCGAUUUUUGCAACACGCUUGUUUUUCUGCUGAGGCUGUAGAGAGAAUCCCGGCCGGCACCCGCAACCUGAUGCUGCUGCAGGCGGUAGACUACUGCCAGCAGGAACACGAGAACGAGUUCAAGCUCAACAAGAACGAACAGAGUUGGGCGGAAGCGGGCGCGGAGGUGAGCCGCUGGGCGCGGUUCCUCGACAACCUGCACUCGCCCGCGCUGCGUCACGUCCUCGUCGCGGACCUGCGCUCGGAUAUAGAAAUGAGUUCCGGUUCUCGUGCACGCUUGUCGCGUGCGGUCGGCCAGCUGCUGCUGGCUCCGGGUGGAAUGAAACGCAGCGUGCUGACCACCUUGUUACACUGCCUACACGCUGACUUCGAGAUUGAAUACGUGUUCGAACAACUUGCCGAGGAUGUUGGGGACAAUGCCAAUGAUCUACAAACCCUAAUAAACCGCAUGAGCCAAUACCACAAGGAGGGCGCGAAGUUCCCGGAGAAGCUGUUAGAAAGUCUUUCAGCAAAGGCAGCGGCCGCGAGGCUGCGCCCCGACACGCAGCUGGCGCUGCUGACGCUGCGGCCGCGCGCGGAGCCCGUCUUGUGCGCGCUCUCGCUGCAUGUCAUCCACGCCGAGUGGCCAGGCCUGGAGCUCACUGAGGACAAGUUGAUGACCGAAGAAGGUCGCCGCGAAGUGUUCUUCGAAAUCAGCGCACGCGCAGACUCGUGGCAGCGUAAGAAGGCGCUCGUGGACGUGGUCAGCUGCUGGCCGCACCACCUCACUGAUGGUAAAAGUCUGCAAUACGAGUACCUCCACUCGUUGCUGAAGGAUCCUCACGAGCAAAGCCUGGUGCUCAUCAAGUUGCUGCUGACCCGGCCAGUGCUGGCGGAUGAGGAGAUAAAAUCAUUAGCAGACAACGCGACCGCGGACUCCAUCAUAAAUGUUCUAUGGAUCAUCCUUCUGAGCAAAUGCGGCAGUAUGGAGCAGAUGAUAUUGGACUUACUACAUAAGCACAAGGAUACCGUGCAAAAGCAAGAAAUCGAGGAUGAACUCAUCAAGGAAUUAUUGGACACUGGGAUAUUUUUGAACCUAGUUUCCACCCCGAUAUAUUCCUCCGUUGUCAGUUACAUCAUCACCCGGGAAGCUAUUGAGGCAGAUUCGAACCCGUAUACCGUGGCGUGGGCCACCAAUGAACUAAUUAACGCUAACUGCUUAGCAGAAGCGGGACAUCUUAAUCUUUUAGCUAUGGGGGUGCCGUCGGCUUUACGAGGCUUCACCCAGUCUAUAUUGUAUUGCAAAAAAUUGCUUAAAAAGUAAUUUAUUGUAAGCGUAUUCUUAGUUCUUAUAAAUGUAUAGGUGUUGCAAUGAAUUAUUAAUAUUAUCAAAUAUAAU